AUGUUAGACUCACCUCCAUCUUGCGCUGAUGAGACCCAGAUAUUAUCAUUAAAAAGGCGUAUUGCUCUCCUGGAGGAGCAGAACGCUGAGCUUCGCAUGCCAACUGCCAGUGAAAAGACCACCAAAAAUCACACUCUUGAAGGCCGUGUGAUACGAAGACUGGUGUGUCUCACUGAGCGUGUUGAUGACAUGGUUGCAGAAUUCGAUAGACGUGUUGCCCUUGGUGCAUCUGAUACAUCGGAAGCUGAUGCACUUGAAUCCUCAGACCCCAUAGAGAACAGACGGUACUGA